AGCUCAAUUUUGAGAGGAUGGUUUUACUGAUUGCCUUGGAGGAUAUCUAAAGGAUAUCGGCUCUAUACUGGAAUUAUUCAGGGCUUCUCAAAUUACCAUUUUUUCAGUGGAUUCUGUUUUGGAAAACAUCAACACCUGGACAAGCCGUUUCUUGAAAUAUGGGAUAUCAAGUACCUCAGUUUUCUUCUGAUAGACCAUAGAAACGUGAAAGAAGAGCAGCUUAAAAAUUUGGUCAUCAAGAUUUUCUAAGAUUAGCUGUGGAAGAUUUCAACGUGUGUCACUUCACAGCACAGUUGAUGAAACUGGCAACAAAGUACUGACAUGGCAAGGACAUGUAACUAACAUUUGGGUGGAUUUAAAAAGAUCUAUGGGAAAUGAAGCCGUUUGGUUGAAUAAUAAGGCAGUGCUGCCGAUGGAUAGAGACGUUGAUAAUUCCAGGUUACAUUGACAGGGGGAAAUCAGCGAAGGAAAAGUUUUCAAGGAAUAUCUUUUGAAAGUCAACUCAAGGGGCGCACUACAAAACGCAGUUGCUGGAGUUUAAUUCCUUUUUUCUCACCAUCAUUGAUCAUCCCCAUGGCCUUCCCAUUCUUCUUGCAUUUACUUUUACCUUAACGCAGUGAAAAUGGGUAUUCUUCCGUUGGUACAAGUUUUAAAAUUUGACCCUUUUUUGGCUCUGCUUUCCCUAUCAGACCAAUUCUGGAUAUAGCCACGUAAGGAAAGAAAAUCGAUGACUGCUGUGGUGUCUAUUUUAUUUCUUUCCUUUACCGGUUGUGUAGGGAGCACUAUUCCCCUGCCACUGCGCAACACUUGUAAAUCGAUGCCUAAACCUCCAGAAGAAUCUCACGGUGGACUGCAACCUACCAAAAUGAUCCUUCUUCCCCAAUUUCUGUGCAUGUCCAAAGUAUAUCAGCCAUGAAUCUUUCCCGACCCACCAACGUUGGCUGUUUUACUGCCUCCUCCUCAGCUUCUCUAUUCCCUGAAUUGGAUGUGGACACAAAAACUAAAACUGGAGCUUUGCGCUUAGAAGAAACAAAAGAAAGAAUCAAAAAAUUGUUCGACAAGGUUGAACUUUCAGUUUCUGCAUAUGAUACUGCAUGGGUGGCAAUGGUUCCUUCUCCAAACUCUCUUAACAAACCUCUUUUUCCUGAGUGCAUAAACUGGGUACUAGAUAAUCAACACCCUGAUGGCUCAUGGGGCAUUCUCCAUGACCAUCAGUUGCUGAUGAAAGCCACUCUCUUAUCUACAUUAGCAUGUGUUCUCACUCUUAAGCGAUGGAAUAUUGGUCAAGAUCACAUGAGCAAGGCCCUUAGUUUUAUCAAAUCUAAUAUAGCUUCAGCUACUGAUGAGAAGCAACGUUCUCCUGUGGGAUUUGACAUAAUUUUCCCUGGUAUGAUUGAGUAUGCUAAAGAUUUGAAUUUGAAUCUACCCUUGGCACCGAUGAAAGUGGAUGCUUUGGUUCAAAAAAAAGAGUUGGAGCUUAGAAGCUGCAGAAGCAACUCUGAAGGAGGAAAAGCCUAUUUAGCGUAUGUUUCAGAAGGAAUUGAAAAUUUACAGGAUUGGGAAAUGGUCAUGCAAUAUCAAAGGAAGAAUGGAUCACUGUUUAAUUCUCCAUCCACUACAGCAGUGGCUUUUAUGCACAGAAAUGAUGAUGGCUGUUUUAAUUACCUUCGCUCAGUCUUACAGAAGUUUGAUGAUUCAGUUCCUACAAUAUAUCCUCUGGAUAUAUAUGCUCGUUUACACAUGGUUGAUAGCCUGCAAAAAUUCGGGAUUGGUCGGCAUUUCAAAGAGGAGAUUAGAAGUGUAUUAGAUGAAACAUACAGAUGUUGGAUGCAAGGAGAGGAAAAUAUAUUCUUAGAUGCUUCAACUUGUGCAAUGGCCUUCCGGUUGUUACGUGUUGAAGGAUAUGAUGUUUCUUCAGAUAAACUCACUCAAUUCUCAGAAGUUCUCUUUCCCAAUUGCCUUGGAGGACAUUUAAAAGACUUUGGUGCCUCAAUGGAGUUAUUUAAGGCCUCUCAGAUUAUCAUUUAUCCAGAUGAAUCUAUUCUGGAAAAUGUGAACUCUUGGACUAGUCGUUUCCUUAAUCAUGGAUUAUCUGGUGGUUUGGUUCGUUCUGAUAGAACUGAUAGACUCGUUAAACAAGAGGCAGUUAAUGCUCUUGAGUUCCCCUAUAAUGCAACUCUGGAACGCUUAUUAAAUAAGAGAGCACUGGAAAGUUACAGUGGAGACAUUGUGAGGAUUUCAAAAACAACAUAUGCCUGCUUAAAUUUUGGUCAUCAAGAUUUCCUGGAACUUGCUGUAGAAGAUUUCAAUACCCUGCAAUGCAUACAUCGUAAGGAACUGAAAGAGCUUGAAAAAUGGGUUGUUGAAAACAAAUUGGACAAGUUGAAAUUUGCCAGACAGAAGCUAGCGUACUGCUAUUUUUCUGCUGCAGCGACCCUUACCUCUCCAGAACUUUGUGAUGCCCGCUUAUCAUGGGCAAAAAAUGGUGUGCUCACAACCGUGGUUGAUGAUUUCUUUGAUGUUGGAGGAUCUGAAGAGGAAUUGCUAAACCUUAUACAAUUGGUGGAAAAGUGGGAUGCUAAUGGGGAAACGGGUUACUGUUCCAAGGAAGUUGAGAUUAUAUUUCUUGCACUUCACAGCACAGUUUGUGACAUAGGAAGAAGAGCUUUAUCAUGGCAAGGACGCAGUGUUACGAGGAAUGUUAUCGAUAUUUGGUUGGCUUUGCUCGAAUCAAUGAGGAAGGAAGCUGAAUGGUUGAAAAAUAAGGUAGUGCCAUCAAUGGACGAAUACAUGGAAAAUGGCUAUGUUUCAUUUGCUUUGGGACCUAUAGUCCUUCCAACGCUCUACUUUGUUGGACCUAAGCUUCCGGAGGAAGUGAUUGGAAAUUGUGAAUAUAAGAAGCUCUUUAAGCUGAUGAGCACUUGCGGCCGCCUUCUGAAUGAUACUCGAACUUUCGAUAGAGAGUCCAGUGAAGGGAAACUGAAUGCUAUGUCUCUAUGCAUAAUUAAUGCGGGUGGUAAGUUGACCAAAGAGGAGGCUACUGAAGCAAUGAAAGGAGAUGUUGAGAGGACGAGAAGAGAACUACUGAGAUUAGUUUUGCAGGAGAAUACCACAAUUCCAAGAGCUUGUAAAGAUUUAUUCAGGAAAAUGAGCUGUGUGGUGCAUCUAUUUUACAGGAAAGAUGAUGGGUUUACUUCCCAUGAGUUGAUGAAGUCUGCAAAAGCCUUAUUUGAACAACCCAUGGUUCUGGAUCAACUUUUGAACAAAUGAAAAACUAAAGAAAUAAGUUGGUAAUUUGUGAACACAUGCGGAGGGAGAAAUCCUUUUGAAACUUUACUGAUGGGAAGUGAAUGUAGGCAUUGCGUAUUCACAAGCUCUUUCUAUACUUUGUCUUCAUGACACCCUUAUACUCCAACUUAGAUUGUUAAUUAGUUUGCUCGGCUGAGCAACUUUCGUAA